UUGAUCAUUAAGUAUCCCUGUAUCCUGUCUACCGUCACGAUCUGUUUUCUGCAUGCUAUUUAAAGGCGAACAGGUGCCUAUCGGACGAUUGCGUAUAUAUGUCAUCACUCGAUAGUGACUGUUUCCGUUAAUAAGGCGUUUUCUCAGCAAAGAUGUUACAAAGGACCGCCAUAUAUCUGCUGUUCCUGUCAACAGUAUUUGCAGUUAAUCGUCCACCAAAAAUAUACAUGCAGCCGACAGACCGUGAAAUAUAUUAUAAACCUGGAGAAUCAGUUGAGAUAUUGUGUAUAGCUAAUGGUAUACCAAAACCAGAGUAUAUAUGGAGACGUAACGGGGUGGUAUAUAAUCCCAGUGGUCAAGGUGACCGUGUUGUCCAACUACCAAAUCAAGGUACAAUCGUGUUUAACAAGCCAGAAGAUAAAGAUGAAGGUAUUUUCCAGUGUUUUGCUGACAAUGGGUAUGGAAUAUCUGCUUCAGUGAAGAUCAACCUGAGAGAAGCUAAACUUAAAAAAUUUGCAGAUGAACCAAGUCAGACACAUAUAGUUUUUGCUGGGGAGGAUCUAACUUUACCAUGUUACCCGCCUCAGAGUUAUCCACCUGCAGAUGUAUACUGGGUGAUAAAAGAACCAGAUGGUAGACGGCAAGAUGUGAACUUUGAUAAAAGAGUUAGCAUGGAUAUUGAAGGUAGGCUCCGAUUUACAAAUGUGUUGGGGUCUGAUAUGGUCGGGGGAAGAGCUUACUCCUGUAUGGCAGUCAACUACUUCAUGAGAGACAGUGCCAUUGGUCCAGAACACGUUGUCACAGUAUUUGGAUCUACAGAACGGAAGCUGCCUGCUACAGAGUUGUGGACAUCACCUCGUUACCAGUUUUUUCUUAAAGGUGGAACUCUAAGGCUCAAAUGUAUUUUUGCUGGGAAUCCCACACCGGAAGUACAUUGGAAGAAACUUGAGGGGAAAUUUCCAGAUAGAGCAAAGUUUAAGAGUUUUGGACAAGAGUUACAAAUCACUGACGUACGGGAGUCAGAUGCUGGCCAGUAUGAAUGUAUGGGUCUAAACAGCGAGUCAACACAAAGAGCAACUAAAGUCUUUGAUGUCAGAAUUAAAGCUGCACCUUUCUGGGUGGAAGAACCUCAAGAUGUUGAAGCCAGUAUUAAUCAGACGGCAACAUUUAUAUGUAAAGCUGAUGGUGAUCCUAAACCUAAUUAUGCCUGGUACAUCAAUGGCGUACCACUCGAAGAUAGACAGAAUAAGCCACGUAUCUACAACAACCGAUUCUAUAAGAAAGAUGCUAACAAUAUAACCCUGACAAAUCUUACAUUAGAGGAUCACAUGAAUAUUCAAUGUAAUGCCAGUAACCAACACGGAUAUAUCUUUUCUGAUGUCUACCUCAAUGUUCUAGAUUGGGAUAUAUCGAGUAUGCAGAUCCCUGACAAGAAAAAAAUAAGGGUAGCAUGACGGAUUUCUUUAAAUUAAUGAUAAAACUUUUUGGGUCAACAUAGAAAAUACAUACCCGACAUUAGAAACAAUGAAAAUAAAUAAAGUGAUAAUUUUAUUCUUUGUUCUGUUUUAUUUUUUGAUAACAUCUUUAGCGCUGAUACUUCAUAUAUCAGCAAUGUUGAAUAAACUGCACGACGUAAACAUG